CUCUGAUACAGGAAGCCACGAUUGUUCUGCUAGGUUCCCCCCAGUAUGGACACACUAAAAGCAUGCCAGUGAUGAUGAGCUUUUGUGCUCAGCUCUGGAAAUAGCGGCCACAUGGACCACUUCCAACGCCAACAAUCUGUGUGGAAUUUAGUCAAGGAAAAUGUUCCCUACUCUGAGCUUCCCGAGAUCCGAGCUCUGCUGGGAGAAACACUGAUUGAUACAUAUACAGAGUUAUAUUCAGAGGUGGAGAUGUGGGAGAAGAUUUGGCAGCAGCUCCGUUGCUCAGAGAAGGGCAGCAGGCCAGGAGCCCCCAUAUUCCCUCUGGCUGACCCCCCAGCUGUUAAAGAGCUGCUAAAAGCAGAGAUUCAGUUGUUGCUGCUCACGCUAAGAGAGAAAGCAGCCAGACAGGGCAGGGAUGAAGAGGAGCUCAUGGCCCGGUACAGUCCUGCUGUGGUGAGUUACGCACUGGGCACACAGAGACAAGGGAGUCCAGGCAGCUGGUGUGAAACAAAAUCACCUUCCAGACCCCCGUCAAGUCUGAGCGAGACUAGAAACAGGUCGGUCUCCAGCCUCUCGUCUCACUCUAGCUGUGAAGAUGAAAUCAAGACUUUAAGACACAAGUUAAACAUCACCCAUAUAGAUGAGGUUGUGACCCAUCUCAGGUCAGUCAUAAUCGAAGAAUCUGAAGCACUGAAAAGAGAUGUGCAGGUCCUGCAGGAAAACCUUGAGGCCGAGAGAGCCAGUGCUCAGACACAACCAGCAUCUCCAGAACCAAGUGUAGCAGAGCUCAAACAGGAACGGAGACUCAUUCAAAGGGAUCUGAAUGAGCGGAGUUUAAUAACCAACAUCACAAAUAAAAAGAGUACCAGAAACCCACAAAUCCACACAAGAGAUAAACGCAAACCUGCUCUCUCUGCAAAUGAUUUGGAGGGUCUGAAAUCAAACUCAACAGUUUCCUACUUGAAACCAUAUCCACCCAGAGACCUAAACCACAUCAGGAGUGAUCCGACCCCAAUGAGCUCCUCAAGCGCUGAAUCCACAAACCCCAUUUCUGCUUUGGAACAAAAGGACAAAGAGUGCAAGCACAGGGCAAAUUCACUAAGAGCUUCAGCCUUCAGACUGGUUCCAGCAGCCUCAAUCAAAGCAUCCGGAUCCGUCAAAGACUUCCUUCUAAAGAUGGAGGUGACUAAAAAUAGUGACCUAGUCUGUCUCCAGCCCGCUCCUCCUGCAGUGCAGAGAACAGCCAGCAGGGGACAGCUGUGCGUUCCUCAGCCUGAAGGUCUGCUCAGUUCUCUGUGAGAACCACCGUAUGCAGCUCUUCACCGUCAGACGUCUUAACAGUUCAGUGUACAUAGGAAGAAAGAAAAAAACGGCGCGAUAAAACACAAAACCACAAUCUGAUCUUUAAAAUAAACUUUAUUUACCAUUUCAAAUUGAACAGUUUACAGCUGACAUGACUAAGACAAUUUCAAUGCUGUUUGGCCCUAAAAUUGAAAAGACACAUGGUUAGAUACUGUACGUUUGAUAAAGUACUGAGCUCAUGUCAUUGUGCUUGUCAUUCUACUUCAGUUUUUUAUAUUGCCAUGAGCACAAAAGUACACACACACAUACACACUAUAUUGUAAAGUCUUUCAGGAUGCAGGGCACGGGAGAGAAAGAUGUAAUUUUUUGCAUUAUUUUCUGUUGCUUUCAAACACGUACAUGUUUAAAGUGCCGUAACAACACGAAAAUACAUCAUGCUGUUUACAUUAACCAAAAUAAUUCACAGUUUCAACUGAGAUAUGCUGAUUCUGUGUAUAGUUUUAAUUAAUACAGCAAUAAAACUGUGCUCAUUUCCAUCUUGGA